GAAUGGCAUUUGUGUGUGAAAUUGCAUUAGUUUUUGUGUGAACAGUGAACAAGUGCAUAUUUUUGAUUAAAAAAGUGCAGUGUGUUGUCCUUGCAUUCGUUUUCCGUUGUAUUCCGUUAGUGCCACAUUAUGUGGGAUUUUGUUGGUACAGUGUGUGUAAAAUUUAGUAAAUGACCCGUCGGGGUGGUAUCCCGUGGAUUGUUUCAUUGUGCUGAGCAGUAAAUGUAAUGGGCAGGCUUCCCGCUAACAUUACUGGAAUUUAAAACAUUCGGCCCAUCAGGGAUGGACGAAGGUUUGCUGAAUGACCUCCUCGAGUGUUCGGUGUGCCUGGAGCGGUUGGACACGUCGUCCCGGGUCUUGCCGUGUCAGCACACGUUCUGUUUGAAAUGUUUGAAGGUCAUAGUCGAGUCCCACAAGGAGCUGCGAUGCCCCGAGUGCCGGAUCCUGGUCGAGGCGAAGGUGGAGGAGCUUCCUCCGAACGUCCUCCUCAUGAGAAUCCUCGAAGGCAUGAAGAACUCGGCUCCGAGGAAACCUACAGGCUCGGGGCACAGGACGAAAGCGCAGCUUCAAUUGGCCCAGUUGCAACAAGGCCCGCAACAGAUGGGGCGCGCGGACGGCAAGCAAAUGCCGCCGCAUGCUAGGGCCUUGCACGACUACAUCUCUAAGGAGCAGGGAGAUCUUUCGUUCAAGAAAGGCGACAUGAUCAUCCUGCAGAAGAAGUUAGACCCGUUCUGGUACCAGGGCGAGUGCUCUGGCCGGACAGGAAUGUUCCCUAUCACUUAUGUACAGGUGAUUGUGCCACUGCCGGUCCCUACGGCGCUUUGUAAAGCUCUCUACGACUUUCGCAUGUCGGCGCCGGACGAGGAAGGAUGCCUUGCUUUCGACAAAGGCGCGAUAAUAACAGUCCACCGGCGCGUAGACGAGAACUGGGCUGAAGGUAGACUGGAGCAACGCGUGGGCAUCUUCCCCAUCGCCUUCGUGGAGCUAAACCAGCCCGCCAGGCAUCUCAUGAAUAGUGCUCCCCUAAACCGUCCCGUGCCCCCGUUGCCAGAACACGCGAGAGCGGGCCACUCCGACCACAGACAUCACACACAGCACGCGCACCGCUCCCAGCAGACGUCGCUGUCGCUGGGCGCGGCCGGGCCCGGCGGCUACCAGCCCGCCAUGGCGCACUCGCACCCCGCCUACCAGCAGCCGGCGCACCCGCAGCAGGUGACUGGUGUAUGUCACUUCCAGCACGCGCACCGCUCCCAGCAGACGUCGCUGUCGCUGGGCGCGGCCGGGCCCGGCGGCUACCAGCCCGCCAUGGCGCACUCGCACCCCGCCUACCAGCAGCCGGCGCACCCGCAGCAGGUGACUGGUGUAUGUCACUUCCAGCACGCGCACCGCUCCCAGCAGACGUCGCUGUCGCUGGGCGCGGCCGGGCCCGGCGGCUACCAGCCCGCCAUGGCGCACUCGCACCCCGCCUACCAGCAGCCGGCGCACCCGCAGCAGGUGGUGGUCCAGCAACCAGUGAACCAGCACGUGAUAUCCCACGGGCUGGUGUCCCGCGAGCCCAAGCACUCGCUUGACCUCAUCCAUCUACACCUCCAUCCGCACGUCACCCGCGUGGCCGACGCCGGAUCCGGCCCAGCGCUGGGCAUACACGCCGUAGCGCGAGUGGCUGAUUCUUGCGACCGGUUGCGCACGAAAUUCGACCCUUACGCGACUUCUGCGCCGAUUCACAAGAUUGAAACUACGUAUCAGAAUGUGCGGGCGCAUGAACAUUUCCCUGUGAAUUUCAGCUGUCAUCUACCUCGCCCGGCCGCACGAUCCUCUUACGUCACCCGCGUGGCCGACGCCGGCGCCGGCCCAGCGUUGGGCAUACACGCCGUGGCGCGAGUCGCCGAUUCCUGUGACCGGUUGCGCACGAAAUUCGACCCUUAUGCGACUUCUGCGCCUAUACACAAGAUCGAAACUACGUAUCAGAAUGUUCGGGUGCAUGAACAUUUUCCUGUGAAUUUCAGUUCAAACAACGCGAGCUCAGACUCGAGCUCGAGCAUGAACACACCAUCGUCGUUCGGCGUGAGCUCCACCACCACGCCCAACAGCAGCAGCAGCGCCAGCGCCUGCGACAGCGCCGAGCCCAGCCUGCCCAGCUCGCCCGACAACAACGCCUGCCCGCCCACCGUGCUGCCGGCGCCCGAGCAGGAAUCUUCGCUCAAUACUUCAAUGGGAGUACUGAGUCUGAACGAGAGUUCCACCGCAACCAAUACCUCUCUCAACGUCAGUUUGCCGCCUUCCGAGAGUCCCAAACUGAACGCGUCCACCGCAUCGAAUGCGAGCGGAUCGGCGACGCAAGCCGCGCAGAAUCAGGAAGUAACGGAGAAUGCCACUAGUGAGCCAAGACUGGACGCCCCUUCAUCUUCUAAGGCUGUAUUGCGGUCUAGUGGGCCGGACUCCCUACUCAACUUCGGCCUAGGGCUACAAGCGGCGCUGUCGCCAGCUCACAAGGAGUACGCGGGGCGCGCGCGCGACAAGCGGCACUCGCUCACGCCGGCCGAGCAUCUGCAAGGAUCGCACGCUACGCAGAACAGGCAUUCAGCAGAGAUCCUCACCACCAGCCUACUAGACCACGUGCCAGAGCGGGACAGAGAUAGCGGCCAGCGCGAGAGGGAGCGAGAGAGGCGACGGCGGCGCUCGCGCAGUAACGAACGCCCACUGCCCGCGGCUUACGUCGCUUUGUACCCUUACAAGCCGCAGAAGCCAGACGAGCUGGAGUUGAAGAAAGGAGCGGUGUACACAGUGACGGAGAGAUGCCGCGACGGCUGGUACAAAGGCUGCGGCGAACGUUCGGCGCGUUGCGGCGUGUUCCCCGGCAACUACGUGGCGCCCGCCAAGCACUCGCCGCGCCUCAAGCACGACAAGCGCUUACGUGACGCGUGUAGCGGACGCCUAGUGUUAGAAAUACACGCCGUGUCGCGCGUGGCCGACUCCUGCGAUCGAUUGCGCACGAAAUUCGACCCUUAUGCGACUUCUGCGCCGAUACACAAGAUCGAAACCACGUAUCAGAAUGUGCGGGCGUAUGAAUAUUUUCCUCUGAAUUUCAGCGCACGAGUAUACCCGAACGUCCCCUUCGGGCCAUCCGAUGAGAGGUCGUUGAACUCGUACGUCACCCGUGUGGCCGACGCCGGCGCCGGCCCAGCGCUGGGCAUACACGCCGUGGCGCGAGUGGCUGAUUCUUGCGACCGGUUGCGCACGAAAUUCGACCCUUACGCGACUUCUGCGCCGAUUCACAAGAUCGAAACUACGUAUCAGAAUGUGCGGGCGCAUGAACACUUCCCUGUGAAUUUCAGCGCACGAGUAUACCCGAACGUCCCCUUCGGGCCAUCCGAUGAGAGGUCGUUGAACUCGUACGUCACCCGCGUGGCCGACGCCGGCGCCGGCCCAGCGCUGGGCAUUCACGCUGUAGCGCGAGUGGCCGAUUCUUGCGACCGGUUGCGCACGAAAUUCGACUCUUAUGCGACUUCUGCGCCUAUACACAAGAUCGAAACUACGUAUCAGAAUGUUCGGGCGCAUGAACACUUCCCUGUGAAUUUCAGUUCAAACAACGCGAGCUCAGACUCGAGCUCGAGUAUGAACACACCAUCGUCGUUCGGCGUGAGCUCCACCACCACGCCCAACAGCAGCAGCAGCGCCAGCGCCUGCGACAGCGCCGAGCCCAGCCUGCCCAGCUCGCCCGACAACAACGCCUGCCCGCCCACCGUGCUGCCGGCGCCCGAGCAGGAAUCUUCGCUCAAUACUUCAAUGGGAGUACUGAGUCUGAACGAGAGUUCCACCGCAACCAACACCUCUCUCAACGUCAGUUUGCCGCCUUCUGAAAGUCCCAAACUGAACGCCUCCACCGCAUCGAAUGCGAGUGGAUCGGCGACGCAAACCGCGCAGAAUCAAGAGGCGACAGAGAAUGCAACUAGUGAGCCAAGACUGGACGCCCCUUCGUCUUCUAAGACCGUAUUGCGGUCUAGUGGGCCGGACUCCCUACUCAACUUCGGCCUAGGGCUACAAGCGGCGCUGUCGCCAGCUCACAAGGAGUACGCGGGGCGCGCGCGCGACAAGCGGCACUCGCUCACGCCGGCCGAGCAUCUGCAAGGAUCGCACGCUACGCAGAACAGGCAUUCAGCAGAGAUCCUCACCACCAGCCUACUAGACCACGUGCCAGAGCGAGACAGAGACGGCGGCCAGCGCGAGAGGGAGCGAGAGAGGCGACGGCGGCGCUCGCGCAGUAACGAGCGUCCGCUGCCCGCUGCUUACGUCGCUUUGUACCCUUACAAGCCGCAGAAGCCAGACGAGCUGGAGUUGAAGAAAGGAGCGGUGUACACAGUAACGGAGCGUUGCCGCGACGGCUGGUAUAAAGGCUGCGGCGAACGUUCCGCGCGAUGCGGCGUGUUCCCCGGCAACUACGUGGCGCCCGCCAAGCACUCGCCGCGCCUCAAGCACGACAAGGUACAAGGAACUGCACCUUACUGCUUCGUAAUACCAGGCUGCCGCGAGCGCUCGGCGCGUUGCGGCGUGUUCCCCGGCAACUACGUCGCGCCCGCCAAGCACUCGCCGCGCCUCAAGCACGACAAGGUACAAGGAAAUGGAUCUUACUGCCUCGCAAUACGGCUCACAUUGGUACAAGGGUGCGGCUCAAGCACGACAAGCACGACAAAGUCCGCGGAACUGCACCCUACUGCCUCGCAAUACGGCUCACAUUGCUACGGCUGGUACAAGGCUGCGACUCCAGCACGACAAGGUACGCGAAAAUGGAUCUUACUGCCUCGCAAUACGGCUCACAUUGCUGCGGCGGUACAAGGCUGCGGCGAGCGCUCGGCGCGAUGCGGCGUGUUCCCCGGCAACUACGUCGCGCCCGCCAAGCACUCGCCGCGCCUCAAGCACGACAAGGUACAAGGAAAUGCAUCUUACUGCCUCGCAAUACGGCUCAUCGUACUUUACUGGCUACAAACAGGCCUGGCUCACUCCGCGCGACCCAUAUUAGUGAAAUAUUAUGAUAAAGUUGUUUUACCUCCCACAGCGGUGUACACAGUGACGGAGAGAUGCCGCGACGGCUGGUACAAAGGCUGCGGCGAACGUUCGGCGCGUUGCGGCGUGUUCCCCGGCAACUACGUGGCGCCCGCCAAGCACUCGCCGCGCCUCAAGCACGACAAGAGUACAGCGUCCCCAGUGACGGCGGUGGCCAAGCCGACGCAGGCGCCGCCGCCCAGCGGCAGCCUGGCGCCGCCCGACGCGCCGCCCAGGGCGCAAUCCCCGCCCAACGCCAAUGCACAACCGCUGACAUACCCUUGGAGCGUGAGUCCACAGGCUCAGCUACAGCAACAACAAAACACCCCUAGAUCUGAAAAGUCAAAAGAGAAAUCCAAGUCAGAAAAGUCCUCCAUAUCAACUGGCGUUAGUCUCAUGAAGCGGCUGGCAGCCAUGAAGAAAUGCAAGUCCCCGCCUCCCAGUGGCUACAGUAUGGACAAUCCUGUGUUCGAAGACGGGCCUGGGACGUCUCUGAUGCUGAACCUAGCCUCGCAACACCACCCCGUGCAUGUCAGGUCCGGCUCGUGUCCGUCGCAGCUUCUGCGCGCGCUGCCCGGCACCGAGCGGCGCCACAAGGAGCAUGCCGCCGUACUGUGCGUCCAUGAGCACGCGCGUUCAACCAACAACGACGGGCCGUGGCAGUCGCAGCACCGCAAGUCGCAGUCGCUAGACGUGACCGCGGUGCGGAGAGACCGCCACCACUCGCAGAAUGUUAAAGAGAGAUUCCGCUGCAUCGUCCCUUACCCGCCGAAUUCGGAAUACGAGCUAGAACUGAAAGUGGACGACAUAGUGGUGGUAUCUCGCAAGCGCGGCGACGGCUGGUACAAAGGCACGCUGCAACGCACCGGCCGCACCGGGCUGUUCCCAGCUUCCUUCGUGCAGAGUUGUCCGCACGAGUGACUGCCGAUGUAUUGGGUCAACCAACCAAUAGUUCCACGAGUUAAGUCCAAAAUAAUACUGUUCUAGCCCUGAAAACUAAUGUGAAUCCCGAUUUUUACUCGCUCUGAAAUUGAUUGUCAGUUGUGCGAAAUUGUGACGUCAUCGGCUUGUGUUGCUGGGAUAUAAUAGCGUUUUGACAACUAACAAAAUUUGGAAACGAUGCCUAUUACAGGCCAUAUUUGAUGACACAUUUUUUAUUACGAUUUUAAACAAACACAGAAUUUAACAUAAUUCCGAAUUGGCGCUACCUAGCGAGAGAGCAGCUAUGUAAUGAUCGUAAUUUAAUGAAUUGCCAUAUUAAAAAUAAGUAAAUCUCGAUAAAUUCGAUGAUUCGACUAACUUUGGCUUAGGUUAGAUUUGUAAGGGAAAAUCAGGGAGCUUGGGAGUAGACCGCGCUGUGUUUAUUUUUUUAAUACUCGACAAUGAUUAUAAGAGCUCUAGAAACUAUUUCCGUCUCUGUCUUAUAAGUGUUGACCACGAGAGACAAGAGACUCGAGCAGUCCAGCUUAACGCUCUUGAUAGAGGUUUUGUAGUAACUAGUGAUCUAUAACUAGACUUAUUGUAUAGUAUAUGCGUGUUAUCAGUAAUGUAUAUUACAAUUCACUCAAAAUGUUUUAUGACAAUGUUUUAUGGUAUGGCUUUUAGGAAUCGACCAUAUUCCUACCAUAUUCCUAGUUGUUUAGCAAUUACCGUCUGACUAAAGCAAUCCGCUGUUUUGUCUAACUAAAAAAACAUGUGAGUUUUUUGAAAUAGGCAACCCCUAAUACCCCACAAACAACUUUUUGAAAAUAAGGACUUAAUUAUUAAAAUCAAAUCAAAGCAGUGGUCGUACUAAAGCCAAGCAUGCAAGUGUUGCUAUUAUCAUUUUUUAUUAAAGUUUCUACAAAUACAUUAUAAUAAUAACGUUUGCUGUGUUUGUUAGAUGUUGAACUAGUUCUGUUGUAAAAUAAAAUCAAAAAUGUAUAAAAAUUUCACGCCCGUCUUGAUAUUUUUAAAUGGUUGCUAUCGUUGUUAAUAUUUGUGGGCCAAAGGAAUUAUUCCCGUUAUAAUGAUAUGAAUUUAUUUUUGUAUUGGAAAUCGAAUCCUUCGAUUGCGGCGAUAUGAAGCUUCUGUCGUUUGAAGUGCAACAAUAAUUCCUUGGAGGCAUAAUUUGACAAAAACUUACCAAUUUUACAUUUUUAUAGUAUGUAAAUAACAGGCACUAUUGUAAAAGUUCGGUUCUACAAUCUGUAAACGUUAAUAUGUAAAUAAUGGAAACAAAUUGUCAAACAACUUUUUAUAAUUUACACCUUCUUGUUUACUCUUAUAAACUUUUGUUUAUACUUUUUAGACAAUUUUACUUAUUAUCACAUUAAUUUCAAUUUAUAAUUUAAGAACAAUACGCUUAUUACGUAUAAUUAUUGUUUUAAGACACUGCCAUAAAAUAUUACAUUGAUUUUCAACCUAAUUUCGGUGGUUUAACUUUUUAAUUAAAUAGUAUCUAAUGUACCGCAUGUAAUUAUUAUCCAUCUAGUUUAGAUAAAUAUUUAGAUAUGCAUUAUGAUCAGGUUGAAUUUAUACAACUUAAACUGUAGGAUUUAUAUGUAUAGACGAUAAGUAAUUUAUAUAAAUGGAUUUUUAAAUUUUCUAAAUAAAAUUUAUUCUUUUCAAUAGCAAAAUUUUUUAAACUUGGAAUUAAGACUGUAUAAUGUAGUCUUGUUUAAACGUUUGUUUUUACUGGUUAUUCAAUAAAUCAGUACCGUUUAGAUAAUUUUAAUGUAGAUAUUGUUGAAUAAGGUGGAUCAUUCACGAAUAUUGUAGGUUAUCUUUAAUGACGUGUCUAUAAUUGUUUUUGUGGAUGUCUGAUUAGCAUUGGACUGUGUUGUGUGUUCACAUGAACACAAACUUACACUGUGGCACAAAUAGGUGUGAAAUUGGGUCUGCCCAAUGUUCUCACAUAAUAACAGUAGAUAGUCUAACGCAUUUUUAUGGAAGCACCGUGAACGAUGGGAGAAAUACUGCCUUUGAAAGUUUUGUAAGUUUAUAUAUUUUUCAAAAUAUUAGUAAAUGAGUACUAAUAAGACUCCCUUGAAUCUUUCGAGUAUUAAUGUUACUGCAGUGCUGCUAAAAGUCGUUGAUUAACGUAAUUUUGAAUCCGAUAUCGGCCAUACACAAAAAUGAUGUCUAUAAUAUAACAAAUACUGUAAAGUUCGACGCUCAACUAACCCUCGAUCGUAGUAUCGGUAUACUCUACUUAUGUACAUUUAAACGUAUUCUAUAAUGUAUUCGUAUGUAAUGAAUUGCAUGUAUGCUAUUUUGAAAAUCCUCAUUAUUUUAUACAUUUGUGUUGAUUUUUGUAGAAAAUGGUCACAAAAGAACUGAUUCGUUUUAAUUAGUAUUUAUUUGUUUCGUUCUCUCUCUAAUAAUCCACACAACGAAUUUUCAUGAAACUACUCGAAAAUUCUAGAUGUAUUUUGGACCGUUUUCCAAUUUUCACUCUAUUUAUUCAAAUGUUACAAAUUGUAUGAAAUAUAAAAUAUAGAGUAGCGUUUAUAAAUAUUAGAUACAAUUUACAGUAUUCGUUACUCUAUUUCAGAUUUCUGAUGUUCAAAAUUUAAUAAAGUAUCACAUAAAUAUUUAAAAUAAUUGGGAAACGGGUCCAACAUUGUUUUACGUUGAUUUUGUAUCGUUCGCUUUUAGUGUAAGCGUAAGUGAAUCAUAUCGAACGGUUGAAUUAGGACAUUUUGAAAGAAAUAAACAUUUCUUCUUAUA